AUGGGAUUACAGAAACUAGCUCCAAAACUUAUAAAACUGUUCUCUAGGGGUAUAUCUAUCCCAAACCCCAUAGAAAGCGUGGUAGCGAAGGCAACUGAGGCUGUCGGCGGUGGUGUUGCCAAAGCUACUCAAGCUGCCGGUGAGGGUUUGGAUGCCGCGAAAAACACGGGGAAAGAACUAGUAGCUGAAGUCUUGGAAAAGGCGAAAGUCAACAUCACUGCUAUGAUCGGCAACAAGCAAGGCUGUAUUGGCGCCGCCAUUGGAUCUGACAACAUCGGCUCCGUUUGUGGGGAUCUGUCGUCGCGCCUGUUAGUGCUAAUGUGGAUGACCGUGGUGUUCUUAAUGUCAUCAUCUCUGUUGUCUAUUCUAUACUUUUUAGCAACAACCUUCCUUGGCCAGAGCCCUAAAAAAAUGGCGCGAAUUCGAUGGCCCAUCAUUAUUCUUAGCGGACUGGGGACGUUGGGUGCACUGGUUUUAUUUCUGGUGCCCUACUUUUUUGAGCUAUUGUUGAAUUCUCUAAACAGUCAUGUUGACGGCCAGAUGGACGUCGGAUGGGCUUACAAGGGCUCCAUCGGCAUUUUUGUCAUUGCCUGUCUGCAUCUGUUAUCCACGGCGCUUUUGUCCUCGUCGCGGCACCGUAUUGAGCCUUCUUCAGCUAGCGAAAAAGGUACGGCCACCAAGUCAUGGAACGGAAUGUAG